AUGAGAGAGCGGGACUUCAUGCCCAAUGUGGAGAGGGGCAAACCUGCCACCUACACGGGGGACAAGAAGGCUAAGAUGGCUGCUAAGACGAACAAGAAGUGGGUGAGACUAGCCACCGUGUUUGCCUAUGUGUUGUCCGUGUCCUUAGCAGCCAUCAUCCUGGCUAUUUACUACAGCCUCAUCUGGAAACCCACCAGUGGGUCCUCCUCCGCGGGCAGGCCGGGGGUGCCGGAGGGGGUCACCCCCAGCGCCAACAUCUCCACGAACUUGUCCACGACGGUCCCCAUGUCGGAGUGGAACUCCACGCAGACCGGGCUGUCUCUGAACCACACCACCCGGCAGGGCACCACCUCGGCCGGGUUCCAGUGGGACGACAUGGCCGAGAGCGUGGCCGUGUCGCCCGGGGCAGAGAUGGCGCACUCGCAGCGGCAGGAGGCGGGAGGACUCUACGCAGCAUCCACGGAGAGGUCGGUCGCUUCUGGCAAACAGACGCAAAGCAAGCCCCAGCCCCGGGAGGCAGAGGGCGAUGGGGAGAGAGAGGAGGAGGAGGAGGAGAGGGUGGCGCGCACUGGGGGUGAUGGAGCGACUGACCCGGAGCAGGCCACCGUCCCCCGGACGAGCAUGAGAGGAGAGUGA